UUACAAAGGCCAAGAUGGUUUUUGUAACGUCUUGGAUAAGUUUUUUUACAUUCGCAUGUUUCAGGGACUAUUUUUGGCAGAGGUCAGAAACUGAAUGCAAAGAAAGUUUUGAAGAGGAAGCCCGCAAGAAAGAUGUAGAACAGCAAAGACAGAAUGAAUGCGCGUCCAUAAUUCAACGGGCUUGGCGUCGACUAAAAUUAAAAAGACUUGAAUUUCAGAUUGAGGCCGUCAAAUUAAUACAGAGAGCUUGGAGAAAGCAUCGAAGAACGAGGAGGAAUGAAUGCGCGUCCAUAAUUCAACGGGGUUGGCGUCGACUAAAAUUAAAAAGACUUGAAUUUCAGAACAAGACUGUCAAAUUAAUACAGAGAGCUUGGAGAAAGCAUCGAAGAACGAGGAGGAAUGAAUGCGCGUCCAUAAUUCAACGGACUUGGCGUCGACUAAAGUUAAAAAGACUUGAAUUUCAG